AUGGAGAACGAGUAAGUUCAUCUAAAAGUUACGUUUUACAUUGAAUUUUUGCAGAAAAACAGUCAGUCUGUUGCGUUUCUCGAAAAAGUGGAAAGUGAUGGUGAAAUCUUCAAUAAAUGAGGUAAUUCCAACAAAUUUUCCAACAUUCCACAAUGUUUCUCAAUUUACAGAUGGCAAUAACAAGAAAAAAGCCGGAUGUCAUGGAUCUCGACCAAUUUGGCUUCUAAUAGGUUUUUGGGAAGUUAAACCGCCAGAUGGAUUCGCAAAAUGCACAAACACCACAUCGUCAUGUUUUGCAAGCCUACUGCCCUAUUGGAAAAUUUUAGUUGCUGCUUUUCUAUCUAAUAUUCGGCCUGUCCAGGAUCCAGAAGCUAUCAAACAACUGCGAGAAAAAUAA